GGAGCAGCGGGCGCGGGAAACACCCUCCUCUGCCCUGCUUGCGAUUUUCCAGGGUGUUAUGCUGUGUGUUUCAAGUGCAAAGUGACCAAUAGUGAGCAGUGGUACCGGUAGUGAUCGUGCCAGAGGGUAAACAUGUACAAAUAGGCGGGUACCAUAGGGCGGCAUCCCCAGUGCCUGUGUGCGUGCGUGCUGUUUAACUGUCGUGGCUCGCACCGGCGCCUGCCCCCACCAGCAACAUUCCCCCGCACAGCAUGGCCUCGGUGGCCGCUUGGUUGCCCUUCGCUCGAGCAGCUGCCAUCGGAUGGGUUCCCAUCGCCAACAACCCAUUGCCGGCGCCGCCCAUCCCCAAGGAUAAGCGGCGCCCAGAUGAUGAGAAGUUGCUGAUCAAUGUAUCGGGGCGACGGUUUGAAACCUGGCGCAAUACGCUUGAGAAAUACCCUGAUACACUCCUCGGUUCCAAUGAGAGAGAAUUCUUCUACGAUGAAGAAACGAAAGAAUACUUCUUUGAUCGAGAUCCCGAUAUAUUUCGGCAUAUUCUCAACUAUUACCGCACGGGGAAGCUCCACUACCCAAAACAUGAGUGUCUCACCAGUUACGACGAGGAGCUUGCCUUCUUUGGUAUAAUUCCCGACGUGAUUGGUGACUGUUGUUAUGAAGAUUAUCGUGACCGCAAACGUGAAAAUGCCGAGCGGCUUUUGGACGACAAACUCUCUGAAAGCGGAGAGCAAGACAAAUAUGUUUAUCGCACAAUACGUGAGCGCAUGUGGCGCGCAUUUGAAAAUCCUCACACGUCAACGGCGGCGUUAGUGUUUUACUACGUGACUGGUUUCUUCAUUGCCGUGUCCGUGAUGGCCAAUGUGGUAGAGACGGUGCCAUGUGGACGCCUACCAGGCAAGAAGGAGUCACAACCUUGUGGUGAGCGCUACAAAAUAAUCUUCUUCUGUGGUGACACGGCGUGUGUGAUGAUCUUCACGGCAGAGUACCUACUGCGUAUGUUUGCGGCGCCCGACCGCUGUAAGUUUGUACGCUCUGUUAUGUCCAUCAUCGACGUGGUGGCCAUUCUGCCCUACUAUAUCGGGCUGGGCAUCACCGACAACGACGACGUCUCAGGCGCUUUCGUCACUCUGCGAGUGUUCCGAGUGUUCAGGAUCUUUAAGUUCUCCCGCCACUCCCAAGGGCUGCGUAUCCUGGGCUACACGCUUAAGUCCUGCGCCUCAGAACUUGGGUUCCUUGUCUUCUCUUUGGCCAUGGCUAUCAUUAUUUUCGCCACAGUCAUGUUCUACGCAGAAAAGAAUGUAGAAGAGACCACCUUCACGUCCAUCCCAUCAGCAUUCUGGUAUACCAUCGUCACUAUGACCACGUUAGGGUAA